AUGGAUCCUUUCCGACGAUUCGAACCCGAACCCGAACCCGAAAACCCAAUCGCCACAUGCCUCUCCAUGCUCUCCCUCCGCAACUUCUCCGCCUGCAGCGACUUCGCCCGCCGUCUCCCACUCUCCGAUUCCAUCGGGCGAAUCCUCACAAUCGCCGACGUUCUCUCCGCCGCUGAUCACUACUCCGUCCUCCGUCUCCCCCGCUCCGAAACCGUCAACCGUGACCUAGCUCGUCAGCAUUACGCCAAGUUCGCGAUCCUGUUGGACCCUACUGCCACUGACAAAUUCCCCUUUCAAGAUGAAGCCCUAGCACGUGUCCGUGAGGCCUGGCACGUGCUCUCCGACCCGGAGAAACGCGCUGUUUACGAUCACGAUAUGGGAACUCGCGGCGUUGCUGAUGCAACGGCGACGUUUUGGACUGCUUGUCCUUACUGCUGGAAUCUGUACCAGUUCGAGAAGAGGUAUGAAGGUUGCUCGCUGAUGUGUCAGGGUUGUGUUAAGGCUUUUCAUGGCGUGGCGGUGAAGCCGCCGGUGAAAGUUGGCGGAACAACGGUGGAAGGAAAUGAGCAGCGGCAGUAUUACAAGUGUAGGGCUAGAGUGCCGUUGAAGUUUUACGAGGUGAAAGAACCCGGGAUGGGUGAUAAUUCGGCUGAAUUUGUGUAUGUUUCUGAUGAUGAUGAUGAUGGUGAUUGUGAGAAAGAAUGGGGGAAUGUGGAUGGUGGUGUGAGGAAUGAUGAUUUGGAGAAGUUCACUGAAGGUCGUGAUGAUGUUUUUGUCGGGGUUCAGUUUAAUGGAUGA